GUGGCCCCGGGACACACGGGGCACUCACAAACAGCGGAUUCAGCCCCCCAAAAACACUCCCCCAGAAUGUGCUGCCCUGUCCCGCCACUGUCACCAACCCGCGGGGUGGCGRGGCCCCCAUGGCUCCCAAGGCCACCCGGGUGUCCCACAGGCAGGAGCCUUGUCCCACCAAGGGGUUCUGAGCAUGGCUGGGUUGGACCUGCGCUGGGAAAAGGCUGUGCUGAGGGUUCCACUCGCACCGUUGGGGCACAGCGGAGGGAUGGAAAUUAAUUCCACAGAGUGGGAAUGCCACAGGYCAUUGAACUGGGUGACACUUUGCAUCCUGCCCUGCUGGUCAGGAGCUGCCCCACACCWGGGCACUACUGGGGAGCUGAGGAGGGGGACAGGGGCACUGAGGUGGCCAAGGGACACAACACCAGCUGUAAAUACUUGUGAGAUAAACAUUGGGAAAGGGGUAGAAUUGCUGUAACCAAGGGAUGAAGCACAGAGCCCUGGGAACACCGCAGCGGAGAGGAGGCUGCUCUGCUGGGGCCAGAAAGGYCGAUUUUGGGUUAGCUGGUGUUGGAAGGGUGAAUUUUUCAUGRAGGCAGCAGGGAUGAAGGGAAGGGGAGCACCUUUGGGUGUCUCAGCGCUGUCACUCAGCAGCCACAUUCGGUCGUGCUYGGCAGGGAUCGGCAGGGCCCUGAGCACCGGCUACUGCCGCCUGUGCCACGGCAAGUUCUCCUCGCGGAGCCUGCGCAACGCCUUCGGCAAGGUGCCCGUGCUGGGGGAGAACUCGGAGAAGCAGCGGCGCGUGGAGCAGGUGUUCUUCGCCGACUUCCAGCGGCUGGUGGGCGUGGCGGUGCGGCAGGACCCCGCGCUGCCUCAGUUCGUCUGCAAGAAAUGCCAUGCCCAGUUCUACAAGUGCCGCAGCGUSCUCCGCACCUUCAUCCAGAGGGUGAACGCCUCGCCCACGGGCCACGCCAAGUCCAAAGGAAAGAGCAGYGGGGCCCAGGCGCAGACGGGUGUGGAAGGAGGUGCCUCUUGCCUGGUUGACCUGAUCACGUCCAGCCCGCAGUGCCUGCACAGCCUGGUGACAUGGACGCACACGCACGCCGGCAGCUGCGCCUCGGUGCCCGGGCUGCGGAGCGUGCUCUCCUCCGAGUACUGCGGCAUCAUCCGCGCCGUCUGGGGCUGCGGGGACGGCCACGACUACGUCAUGGACACGGACUCGGACUGCAGCUCCGCGCUGCUCGACAACGCCUUGGCCGUCAAACGGGAGUGGAGCAAGGGCACGGCGCAGCAGCGCCUGACUGACAACGGCGCCGGGGCAGACAAUGCCGAGGCUGUUCCUGCUCCCAAAGCCCAGCAUGCUCCAGUAAGGACAGCUCCUUGCCAGCAGCCCACCAACAAAGGGAGCACGGCGGUGCCGCUGRCGGUGGAGAGCGAGCUGCCACAGGACAGGGAUCAGUGUCCCUCGCAGCCRGACAGCACGGCCUCYGUMCAGGAACAGGCCCUGCCGCAGCCCRUCUCCCCGCUGAGCACUGCCACAGGACAGUUGAGUGGGAAGCAGGUUCUGUCUGCAACGUCGGAUGAGCGGGUAAAAGACGAGUUCAGUGACCUUUCUGAGGGGGACUUCUUGAGUGACGAUGAAAGCGAGAAGAGAAACGUGCAAUCUUCAGAUGACUCCUUCGAGCCUUACCCCGAGAAGAAGGUUUCUGGCAAGAAAAGCGACAGUAAAGAAGCAAAGAAGGCAGAAGAGCCCAAAAUAAGGAAGAAGCCGGGGCCUAAGCCAGGCUGGAAAAAAAAAAUCAAAUGUGAACGGGAGGAGCUGCCCACCAUCUACAAGUGUCCUUACCAGGGCUGCACCGCUGUCUACAGAGGGGCUGAUGGCAUGAAGAAACACAUCAAGGAGCACCACGAAGAGGUGCGGGAGAGGCCCUGCCCUCACCCUGGCUGCAACAAGGUGUUCAUGAUCGACCGGUACCUGCAGCGGCACGUCAAGCUCAUCCACACAGAGGUACGGAACUAUAUCUGUGAUGAGUGUGGGCAGACCUUCAAGCAACGCAAACACCUCUCGGUCCAUCAGAUGCGGCACUCGGGAGCGAAGCCCCUGCAGUGUGAGAUCUGCGGGUUCCAGUGCCGCCAGCGCGCCUCCCUCAAGUACCACAUGACCAAACACAAAGCUGAGGCUGAGCUGGAGUUUGCCUGCGAUCAGUGCGGGAAGCGCUUCGAGAAGGCCCAUAACCUCAACGUCCACAUGUCCAUGGUGCACCCUCUGACCCAGACUCAGGACAAAGCCAAGCCCCUGGAGCCAGAGCCCAUCCUCCUCCUCACCACRUCAGGGACUGUGGAAGGCCAGGGGGUGAAGCCAGAAGUGACUGCACAGCCCGAGCCCACCUGAGGGGACGGGGCCACGUUCCCAGCCCAGCCCCUGGAGAUUUUUAAUCUACGUUUUAGUCUCCCAAAGAACUCCGUGGAAUUAGCUUCAGCUUGCUCAGAAAAGGCUUGUUCUCAUGCAGUGAUUUCCAUGCUYACGUCUGAUUCAGCAGUGUUGUACUAAGAGUGUCUAAUCCCAGGGCCAGGGGUGUCAAAGCUCCUUUGUGUCCCCAGCCCCACGCACACGUUGUAGAAACCCAGUUGGCCACAAAUGUUCCCUGCCUGCACAGAGGUGCCCUUGGGGUCUUCAGGGGGACAGAGGACAGUGGGACAACUUUAAGGAGAUGUUUUGGAAAAAUUUAAAAAAAAAAAAGGAUGAAAACAAACAUAAUUAUAAUUCCCAAAGCAAGUUCUAAACUGAAAAUUUGUAACCUACUUUUUAUUGUAACAAGAGCUUCAUGGUUAUGCUUGUAAUAAAUUAUUUACAAAGUAAUUUGAAAAAAGUGGCGCAGGUGAGAAAGGCGAGGUGKMACUGAGGUUUUGG